AUGUUUGCGGCCCUCCCAAUCCAGGCAACGGCACUCUCCCCUCGGGAUGAACCCGUGUUGCCACCACUGCUGACGACGCCGACCGCGGCAACGGCAGCGACCGUGACAGCGACGACGAUCAUGCCGCCGGCUGCUACCGCCGCCUCCGUCGCCUCUUCCUCCGCCUCGCCAACGACUACAACGCCCGCCAAGACGAUCGACCCUUACUCAGACUCGGCCUUGAUUGGCAAAGGACACAAACCCGUGCGAGCCAUGCUCGCUAGGGGUGCUGCGUGAGUAGAGCAUGUCGCCGAUUCAGCAUUUCUCGCCCCGGGUUCGGGUUGUGUCUCCGACCGCCGACCGAUGCGCCCUCUUUGGCUGCCCUGCCCGCACUUUCUGUCUAGUCGCGCGGGCAUGGGCAUGCUGCACCCUCGAAUCCCGAGUCUCGCGAUGGGCCGCUGCUACCAUCGACCGGCGAUGAUUGUCCAUCCCUCCCGACCUGGAUAUGGGGAACCUCGGACGUAUGGACCCGAAUAGGCAACAUACGCUACGACCAGACCCUUCCUGGAUUGGGGACAUGCUGUAUGCAUGGCACGUGAGCAGGCGCCUCGGUCAUAGACGAUUUUGGCGUGCGGGCAGUCCUCCGUCGUCAGUUUUCGCGCGCGCGGCGCCAAACCCAUCCCCCCUUCGGCGUUCUAUCGACUUCUGCGGGCAUGGAUGCGCCCUUGUCGAGACCCGAGGCAGCCCGCAGGUAGAAGAGGCCCCGCGCGAUCCGCCUGACGGCUUGGUUGACGGAUAUUACUAGGCCCGCUUCGGUGAUCGUCACCCACCGCUCAGGCUUGCUGACCAGACACUCCCGUCUUUGUUCCCUCUUCACCUUCGCUUAGAUGUGAUCUCUGUCGAGCACGCAAGGUCAAGUGCACUGGCGAGAAACCCAUCUGUGCCCGUGAGUUGGUCGUGUCAAAGUUUCCCCGAAUUCAUUCGUCUGCCCUCACCGGCGCGAGAAAAGCCCGAACGCGCAAUGCGCGCCCGUGCUCCGACCGUGCUUCAUUCUCGGGCCAGCCGCCAGCCAAAUGCUGCCAUCGACCACCUGCUAAUCAAACAAGAUCCUCGCUCGUGCUGUCCGGCGCACUAUUCUUUCCGCACUCUACAGAAUGCCUCAAAUCGGCUCGUGGCAAUGCCUCUCUAUGCAACUGUGUGUACGAUGGCUCCUCGACGCCCAAGCUUGGUCCCAAGAAACCGCGGGCCAAGAAGGCAGCACAACCGACGACCUCGGAGGACGACGCUGACCAACUCGCCGAGUCGGCCACCGCUUCGGCCGGCGGGCCGGUCUCGGCCUCGCCCGCGUCGGGCACGCGAGAGGCCACGGUCGAGGCGGCCUCUGUCACAGCCACCAGUCCUGCGUCCGCCAGCCCUGCUCUGCCACCCCUGAGAGCGUACCAACAAACUCAUCCUUUUCAAAAAACCAACUUUGCUGGUCCUCCCCUCGGUCCUGCCGGUGCUUCUUCAGCCACCUCGCCCUUGCUGGCCGCCGCCGAGGGAGCUGCCAACGCUCCAGCAUACCCGCUUGGGGCGUCACAGCCGCUCUCGCUCCCGACACUUCCACAGCCACACUAUGCCCCACCGCCACCUUUCGCGCUACCGGUUGCGUCCAUGUCGGAUGCGAGUGCCGGCGCCAUCAAAACCGCGGCACUGCCCUCGCUUUCCGCGCUCCAGGCGGUCGGAGUAAAACGUUCUUUCGCCGAGAUGCUGGCCCACGCCGCACCCAAGCCCAACCUUGUACCCAUCGUCCCUUCGAUUCACGACGACGACGACGAGGAGGACGACAUCGACGAGGACGAACAGCUACUUGCGGGUCCUUCGUCGACCAAACCGCACCUGUCUGCCCACGAGGGCCCAGCACCCAAAAAGGUGUUGACCGAGACCGACGUCGAACAUCUCGUCGAUCGCAUCUCGGAGCUCGAACGGCGUCUGAAGGUACAGAGCCAGCCGUCGAUUGCGCCACGUGUUUCGGUUGCGUCUCCGUCGUACUUUGCACAGGCGACGUUCCCUUCCGCAUCGGGCUAUGGCAUCCCGACCUCGCCGUACGCUGGCCCCGGAUCCCCUUACGCUCGCUCGUACGCGAUGGACCAUCGCCGGUCCUUGUCCCGCAGCGGCGAGGUUCCGAUAAGUACUGACAUUUCAUCGGCUUGGACCCCCGAGUCGAGCUGUCGCUUCGAUGCGGACGGUCCCAUGGACCCCACCGGCGGUCGAGGACGAUCAGGCUCCUCAGCAGGCGCGUACGCGAGCUUCAUCCCAGCUUCCUCGUACGGCGAGGCGAUGCCUUCCACUUCGGCGAACCGCGGCUCCGCUUUCAGCAAACACAUCCUUCCUUCCUACGCCAACAGCAGCUCAUACCCACCCCUCGACUAUGACAACUCGGCUGCGCCGCUGGCUUCCUCAUCCACGAGCGGAGGCCCGUCCCCGCCGUCCAUCACGCGCGUCACCUCGUUUGGUUCCAGUUCGCUCGCGAGAAGCAAAACCUCGGCCGCCACCUCGGAAAGCGAGUACGGUAACAAGCUGUCCUCGGCGAUCGACUCGAUAUUCGCCGUCUCGGACUCGGGAUCCGCAUCGCAAUCGCCGAUGGAUGCGCUUAACUUGGACGCCUCGCUGUUCCAGAUUCUCCACCCCGCGUGGGACAUGAGCCUCCCUGGGCCUGCGAUCGUUCGACACGUCGUUUCGGUUUUCUUCAACCGGGCAAUGCGUGCAAGAGGAAUAUUUGACCGUGCCCGCUUGAUGGAAGCGCUGCGCAAGGCCCCCUCCGAACCUGACUUCCCUGAGACGGCGCUGCUGCACGCCUUGAUGGCCUAUGCCGUACUGUUCGUCUCACCAGAGAGCUUGAAAGAUGAUCUCGGCUCCUCCCCGUACUGGGCGUCCGAGAAGAGCGCUCGCGUAUACCACUACAAGCAGGCCAAGAAGCGCAUCAUGGAGGCGCCGCAGUACGCCAAUCAAUUACAGAUCAUCCAAGCGAGCAUUGUAGCCAGCUGUAAGUGACCACUCUCUUCCAGUUUGUGUGACCUAGAGUACUCGGCACUGACUGAUUGUGUGGUUUGGACUUUGCAGACGUCGCAUACCAGGAGGGCGAGUUCCACGAUCUCUGGAUUCUGGGCAGUCAUUCGAUGCGUUUGUGUAUCCCGCUCGGCCUCCACGUCAUGUCCCCGUCUGGCAUGCCCGAAUACCCCGACUGGCCCAAGAUCGUCAAGGGAGGUCAGAUUGUGUCCGGCGCUACCCUGUUUCCGGGGGUCGCGACUCCGCGCGAGCAGUGCGAACGCGAAGCGACGUUUUGGACAGCAUUCGCCGUGGACCGCCUGUUGAGCGCCGCCACAGACUGGCCCGUGUCGAUCGACGAGAAGGACAUCUCGACGCACUUGCCUUACAUCCGUCUCCCCGACGGAUCCAACGCGAUCGAUCCGACCAUCGACGAUGCGACGGGCCAAUUGACCGCCCUGUCGAUCCGCAACCCUCGCCUGUUUGUCGAAAAGUCCCCGGCCAUGGACUCGUUCGGGUUGUACAUCAAGGGUGCCAUUCUUCUUGGUCGCGUCGUCAACUUCCUCCAACGCUUGCCCCGAUUUCACGCCCUGCCCAAGAACGAGACGUGCAUUUCUCUGCGCCACAAAUUUAUGUCAUCGCCCGACUUUGUUGAGCUCGACUAUAGCAUCGCACGCUAUCGCACUCUGAUCGUGACCGACUCGGACUUCCUCGACGAAGAUGGCUCGAUGGACCACUACCUCGCUUCGGCCUACUGUUUGCCGCAUCUCGCUUCGAUCCUGUUGCAGGAGGCGAUGGUCUCCUUGGAGGAUGAAGGCGACGACUCGCCGCUCGAGAAGUGCCUUCGUUCGGCCAAAUGCUUGGUCUCGACGAGCGUGCUGAUCGCCGCCAUGUCGACAGACUGUUCCGGCGCUGACCCCUUCACGCCCUUCGUCUGGUCCGUCGUCGGUCGAGCCCUAAUCCGCGACUAUGCAAUUCGUUCAUAUCGGGGCCAGACCGAAGCCGCCGCCGCCUCGCGAGCGAUGGCCGAGCAGGUCCUGUUGCUCUCGGAGAUGGGUGGUCGCUUCGUGCAAGUGUGCAAGACGGUGUCGUCGACGUUGCGCAAGUUGAUGGCCAACCCCGAGUGCCUCUUACCUUUCAACAGUCCGAACGACCGUCCCUUUUCGGACGCUUAG